CCUACCCACCGGAAGUCACCUGGCCGGUAACUAGGAGGCUGUCGCGGCGCGGGACUGUCUGCUGCUGCCAGUGUGGCUGUUGCCACGUGCGCGUUGCACCCGGGACAGGGACACUUGCUACUAGCCACCAUGUUUGUUCUAGUGGAGAUGAUGGAUACGGUACGGAUUCCUCCGUGGCAGUUUGAAAUGAAACUCAAUGACUCCAUUGCCGAAGAGCUAAAUAAGAAGUUAGCUAACAAGGUUGUGUACAAUGUUGGCCUCUGCAUCUGUCUGUAUGACAUCACAAAGCUGGAAGACUCGUACAUAUUUCCUGGGGAUGGUGCAUCGCACACUAAAGUGCAUUUCCGGUAUGUGGUAUUCCAUCCCUUUCUGGAUGAGAUUCUGAUCGGGGAGAUUAAAGGCUGCAGUCAGGAUGGAGUUCAUGUUUCUCUUGGUUUCUUCGAUGACAUUGUCAUCCCUCCAGAGUCCUUGCAGCAGCCAGCUAAGUUCGAUGAAGCAGAGCAGGUCUGGGUGUGGGAGUAUGAGACCGAAGAAGGCGCUCAUGACCUGUACAUGGACACGGGGGAGGAGAUCCGCUUCAGGAUAGUGGAUGAGAGCUUUGUUGACACAUCUCCUACAGGUCCAAGCUCCACAGAGGCCUCCACCUCUGGUGCCACAGAGGAGGUACAGAAGAAGGAGGCACCCUACACUCUAGUGGGAUCUAUCAGUGAGCCUGGCCUGGGCCUCCUCUCGUGGUGGACAAACAGUUAGCAGCAGUCAGAACUUGUUCUGCAUGGACCCUACAGGAUGGAUGCUUUCAGGGAUUGCAGGAGCCAGCUGGUGCUUUGCUCCCCUCCAGGGAGUGGACAAGAAAGCAGGGCUUCCAUGUUCCUGUCUUUGCUCCCCACCAGUUUGAGCUGACAACUGCCAAGAAAUACCUCUGUUAGAACUGUACAAGUAAAACUACAGACAUGGAAGGGCUGCCCUGUUACAUGAACCCAGCAGCCACAAACCCAUCUGGGACUUUGACAUCCUGGAAAGCAGAGCAAAAUUGGGUUCAAAUGCCAAAGAAAGUCUCUGUCUUGAAAAAGAGCAAUCUGAGUUGUUAUAGUGGCAGGACAAGUGGUGCUGUCUGGCCAGAAGAAACUGGUAAUUUUCUACUACACCCAGUCUCCUGGCUUGAGAAAUGUAAGGAGAGGUAUAAGCAAAGGCCUGUCUCUCCUUUAGUGGAAGUGUUCAUAUCUCCUUGGCACAAAACAAGGUGCUGCUACUGUCUCAACAUGAGAGAAAACUGCAAAGUAUGGGAAAGGGAUACGUUGGCUCUUAAGCCAUAGUAAACCUUGGUGAUGAAAGGAUGGGGAAGGCUUUGAGAGCUGGGGCAAGGAUGGGAAUCCAGGCCAUAGAGGAUUCACUUCACUGUACAAGGGAGAUAGAGUUCUAUUACAUGAAUUGCCAUGAAGAUGGAAGGGUGCUUACUAGGAAGCAAUUUAGCUUCUGUUUCUAAUCCUUUGCUGUCCUCUGAAAACAACCACCUGCUAUGGUGCUGAAGUGAGAUGCUGUAAUACAGUGGAUGGACUGUGGUUUUAUGCACAACAAGCUCAAUUCUACUGGUGGCUUGGCUGAAAUGGUCACUUAAUUUUAGAGGAGAGGCCAUAUUGCUGAAUAAAGCCAUAUUUCCAAUCCCUUAGGGGGGCAGGAAGGCUGGUUUUAAUAUUAGAUGAAUAAAUGUUACUAGCCAUACACAACCCAGCUUCCUCUCUAUCAGGAAAAGACAAACCCAAGCUUCUGCAGCCUGGGAUGCUUACUCCAUCUUGAUGCAGAUACUUUCUGGUUUCUACUUUGAGGAACAGCAUUAAACACACAGGAACCAAACUAAAUUACUUUUGCUGCCAGCAAUGAAAGGAAAGCAGGGAACAAAAAGUUAGGAGUCUGUGCAGGGGAGGGAGCCAGGACUGUGAUGUGUUUUGCAUGAUUAAAUAGCAGCCAUUUUGGGGGGCUAGAAUUCCAUUGGAUGGUGGUUCUGAUGAUCUAAACCAUGAAUGCAAAGCUUAAGUCACUGGAACCAUUCUUACAAUAUAAUUACAGCUUCUUAUUGCUGAGCUUGGCUACUGCUGGUUCAUAGAUUUAAUCAAAAAGAAGUCUAGAAUUCAUCUUCUCUCAGCCAUUUGAAUUCAUGAAGUCCCCUCUGUGCUGUCACCAGCUUCUCUAAUGAAGUAUAGCAACACUGACCACCCAUUGCUCUAGGUUAGUGUGAUUCUAACAGGGCUGCUAAGGGGAAAGAAAGGUAUAGAUAUUUUACAGAAUGUUAUACCUUGGAGCACAGGAGGAGCAGAUUUGGGCAUGUUCUAGGAAUAGGCUUCAAGGAGGAGAGGAUGCUCUUCAUACAGACUCAUCUUUAUAUUUUACAGCACUUUGACUAUGUGAAAACCAUGGAUUCCAAGCAGCUGAAGUCUGACCAAUAAAAACUACUGGUAGUGUCA